AUGAAGCUGCCCCAGUCGACGAUAGAAGCCCGCAACUGGCUGACUCCCAAGCACAUUGAGCUUGCAGAUCCAACGUUCGCUGUUACUGGCGACAUUGACAUGAUUCUGGGCGCUGCCCAUUUCUUCCAAGUUCUUCGAAACGGCAGGAUAUCGCUCGGGGAAGAGUUACCGCUUCUGCAGAAUACAGAGUUCGGUUGGGUCGUCUCCGGAGAGUGCUUGUUGAAAAACCAUGAUCACAGCGAUCCACGUAAUUGCCAGUUCAGUAAUCCCUGCACGAUCGAUGAACUGGCCAACCGAUUCUGGCAGCUCGAAGAUGUCCACGAUGCAAAGGGAUGGUCUCCGUCGGAACGAUACUGUGAGGAACAUUUCGUGAAGAACACCACCCGCAACUUCGAUGGCCGCUACGUCGUCAAGCUUCCCAAGCGUGACGAAUUGCUUUGGCAGUUAAAGGACAACAAAUACAACGCCACCCGUCGCUUCUUCUCUCUAGAACGCUCACUCAGUGCGAGUCCCGAUAAGAAGACGAUGUACCAGCAGUUCAUCUACGAGUACGUUAGAUUCAGACAUAUGCGGGAGAUUGGCCCGAUAAAAUCGACGCGGAACCGCAAUACUACCUUCCACACCACACUGUGA